AACAACACGUAUAUGUUCAAAGAAUACCAACUGAUUAAAAAUGAAAGGGAAGACGUUUUUGUUGCAUUUAUUCUGCAUUCUGUUGCUGUUUUUUGGGGCGUCAAGUUCAUCAGAAAGGCAUGGUAAUAACGAUGGUGCCAACGCUAAACAGGUUUAUAUCGUCUAUAUGGGAGCUGCGGAUUCAACAAAUGGUUCUGUUCGGAACGACCAUGCUCAGAUUCUUAAUUCAGUGCUAAGGAGGGAUGGGAAUGCUCUGGUACGAAACUACAAGCAUGGUUUCUCAGGGUUUGCAGCUCGUUUAUCAAAAGAGGAGGCAGAUUCGAUUGCUCAGAAACCUGGUGUUGUGUCUGUUUUUCCUGACCCCAUUCUUCAGCUCCACACAACACGUUCCUGGGAUUUUCUCGCACACCAAACACGUGUCAAAGUUGACACCAAACCAAACACGAUCUCCGGUGUUUCUUCUUCCUCAGACGUUAUCGUUGGCAUAUUAGACACAGGUGUAUGGCCAGAGGCUGAGAGCUUUAGCGGCGAGGGAUUGGGUCCGAUUCCGUCCCGUUGGAAAGGCAAGUGCGUGCCAUCACAUGACUUCAAUUCCUCCCGCUGCAACAGGAAGCUAAUCGGGGCGAGGUCUUAUGCUGUUUCUGGUGUCCAAGACUCGCCAAGGGAUGAAAACGGCCAUGGGACCCACACGGCGUCGACGGCGGUGGGUUCCUUCGUGAAAAACGCGUCGUUCUAUGGUCUGGCGGCGGGGAACGCAAAGGGUGGGUCCCCAGAAUCUAGGUUGGCGAUUUACAAAGUGUGUUAUCAAGGGGGAUGUAGUGGGUCGGCCAUUAUGGCGGCGUUUGACGAUGCCAUUGCCGACGGAGUGGAUGUGCUGUCGCUGUCGCUGGGUGGUAACUUCGGGGGGGACAUAAAAGACUUGCUCAAUGAUUCCAUCGCCAUCGGAGCAUUCCACGCCGUGGAACGUGGCAUCCUGGUGGUCUGCUCCGCCGGAAAUUCGGGACCGGAUUCGUACACGGUUGUGAACGACGCGCCUUGGAUUUUUACGGUUGCAGCCUCUACCAUCGACCGGGAUUUCGAAUCCGACCUCGUGUUGGGUGAUAACAAAACCAUCAAGGGUAGAGCUAUAAAUUUCUCUCCACUCUCAAGUUCUCCCAAGUAUCCAAUCAUAUCUGGUGAGCUUGCCAAAUCAAAAAAGAGCACCUUAGCUGACGCCAGAGUAUGCACGUCAGGUUCAUUAGAUGGAAAAAAAGUAAAAGGGAAAAUAGUGGUUUGUGAUGGUUCGGAAGACGAUAUCCCACCAAAGGACAAAGGUUCGAGAAUUAAAAAAUUGGGAGGAAUAGGUCUGGUUAUGGUUACCGAUGUAUAUGGGUCAGAAGCACCUAUUUAUGCUGACAUCCCAGUAACGGUGAUAUAUCCAAGAUAUCGCAAAUCAAUCUACAACUAUAUCACAUCAACCAGCAAACCAGUGGCAACAAUUCUAAGCACAAGAACAGUUCUUGGUUAUAAACCUGCUCCUACGGUGCCAGAUUUUUCAUCAAGAGGACCUUCCAGCCUUUCAAGCAAUAUUCUCAAGCCUGAUAUUGCAGCACCAGGAGUAAAUAUUUUCGCUGCAUGGAGUAAAAAUGGCAUAGAGAAUGUUCCGAAAGGAAGACAGCCCUCACCUUACAACAUAAUCUCAGGGACUUCCAUGUCCUGUCCACAUGUUUCAGGGCUUGCAGCCUCUGUUAAAACACACAACCCCACUUGGAGUCCCUCUGCAAUCAAAUCUGCCAUAAUGACUUCAGCAAUUCAAAACGACAACCUCAAGAGUCCCAUAAGAAAUGAUUCGGGAGUGUUAGCCACACCUUAUGACUAUGGGGCAGGGGAAAUAACAACAUCUGAACCAUUAAAUCCAGGGCUGGUUUACGAAACCAACACCGUGGACUACUUGAACUUUUUGUGUUACGGUGGAUUAAACAUGAGCACGAUUAAGAUCAUCUCCAGAUCUGUUCCUCACAAUUUCAGUUGUCCUAAGGAUUCGAGUUUUGAUCUCAUCUCCAACAUCAACUACCCUUCCAUUGCAGUAAAUCUCACUGGAAAACGAAAUGUGAGCGUCAUUAGAACUGCCACAAAUGUUGGUGAACUAGCUGAAACAGUGUACUCUCCCACUGUGCAUGCUCCAAGUAAUGUUAUUGUCACUGUAACUCCAGAUAAACUCCACUUUACAAAGAGUAGUAAAAAACUAAGCUACAAAGUUAUUUUCUCAGCUUUGAAAUCCUUAGAGAACGACUUGUUUGGAUCCAUUACUUGGACCAACGACAAACAUACAGUUCGAAUUCCUUUUGUAUUAACAAAAUAGUAAGACAAAAAUAGGAAUGAAUAAAUGCAAGCUAAGUUCUUCAUGCAUGA